AUGUACUGGCCAACGCCUCCAGCGUGCGAAUCAGACACAGCGGGGAAUCAGCCAAUGUUUCACAGCGAUCAAUGGUGCGUGUGGGAUAGUCGCAAAGCAGAAUGGGGGAUGCAACUGCACAGUCAAUUUCUUUUCUGGUGGACACUGCAAUGGCUCUAG